UGUAUUUUUAGCUGAGCCAGGCAUCUUCAUUUGUUUUAGGCUACCUUACAGUCAGUAGUGUACCAAAUUAUCUCAUUCAAUCGUUUUAAAUUACAUCGGACUCUUUACCGCGGAUUUUCCGUUUUUGAUUCCUUAGGAAAUUAUGUUGAAAUCAACAUUGGAAUAGAAAACCCGGGAUUUUGCUGGCGAAGGCUGAAAAUCACAAGAGCCCAUGAGCUGCCCGCCUCAUCCAUGAUGUCCGUGAUGAAACGCAGUGCUGUACUGGCUUUCUGAGACAACCCGCAUUGCUUUUCUAGGAUGAAAUGAAUGAACCAAAAAGCAAUUUAGCUGUAAAAUAGACAGUCAAAGAUAGUGAACGGUUCCCAGCAAGUAUUUGGUUACACGUCUUCUCGCAACGGGAUAGGCUUCUGUGUUCUCUUGGAUUGUGGAUUAAGAAACCUUCAAGACGGACGGGGUGGUGGAGCAUCGUGGGAAAAAUCGGGGCAAUAUGAGAGAGCGGGACUUUAUGCCCAACAUGGAGAGGGGCAAACCUGCUACUUAUACGGGGGACAAAAAGGCUAAGAUGGCUGCGAAGACGAACAAAAAGUGGGUGAGAUUGGCCACUGUUUUCGCAUAUGUAUUGUCUGUGUCCUUAGCAGCCAUCAUUCUAGCCAUUUACUACAGCUUGAUAUGGAAGCCCAUAAGCGCAUCCUCUCCAGCUGGAAAGCCGGGGGUGCACGAGGAUGUCACAACCUCUGAUAACAUCUCAACUAACAUCUCCACAAGCACCAACGUCUCAGACAUUAACUCUACACAGACAGAGCAUUUAUCUGUCAACAAUAUUAGGCUUAACGCAAAGCCUCAGACGAGUGCAUUACACUGGAAGGGCCAAAGCAAGAGCGCCGCCGUCAACUCCGAUGGCGUUUUAUCCCAAAGUGCUCACUCGCAACCUAAAGGUCUCUACGCGUCUGUCCACAGCCACACAACCGCACAAAUGGCCGAGAAUCCAAAGACUGCGGGGAUAGAUAACCAGGCGUCCCAGCCUGCUGGGGACAUUCGGGACCAGUUCCGCACUGGAGCCCAAAACACCAUGGAUGAUAACAUAGAGGAUGAUGCGGACCGACCGGCUACUUCCAGUGAGGAUCAAGUAGGUGCGGACGCUACUUCUUCACCCACAAAGACUUCGCUGCGCACCUCCUCUACGAGACUACAAGGUUUACGUAAAGGACCAGGCCAAUAAACACGAAUCGACCGAAGGGUGUGAGACUUAUGCCGCGGGUCGGAUACAGUAGCCAACACACAGGGGUUGUCGUGGAACAGAUUGAAUAACAGAGGAUGCUGCGAGAAUUGCACUGGCUUCAUGCACGUAUUUUAUUUAUAUCUUAUAUACAAAUAAUCUGAAUGCGUAUGACUGACAGUAAUAGAAAAAACGGCUUCAAAGGAAUAUUGUUAUCCCCUGAAUCUCUAUGCGUUUUCUUUUACCGUAGGUCUACUGUAUGCCUUAAUUGAUGUAUACGUCCUCCUUCCUUUGGACAGUUCCACCAAGGUCAUUUAUUUAUACCCAUAUUAUGGACAAGGGCGUGAUAUAGCCCUACAACUAUAUUUCACUCGUCCAGAAGAUAUGCCUUUGGUUUGCAGGAUAUGUGAACUAGGCAUUACCUAUAGGCCUCCAAUAUUAUUCUUUAUUGCAUAGUUAUAUGAUGGGCCUAGCUAUUGAAUAACAAGACCGAAUUUACAUGGCACUUCGUGUUCUGUAUAUUUCCUUUCACACAGGCCUAAAUCGGGAGUCCUGGUUUAUAGGGGAACCUGUAUUAUUGAGUUGAGCUCAGGUAUGUGCAUAUAAUCAUGCCAAUUAAUUGUGUUUAUGGUCAUGUACAUAGGGUAGAUAUUGUACAUCCUUUGGCCUUGAUCUAACUUUUAGUCCAAUUAGAUACAUUUUAUUAAAACUAUGUUAGCCAAUAUCAUAAGGAAAAUAAACAUCCUUGUAAAAUGCUUAUUUGUUUACAUUUUGUUUAAAAACAUAUACAUGCAAGUCAACAUAAAUGACCCCUUUCAUGUGAAACUGUCUUUUAUUUUCAGAGAUCUGAAAUGUUUAUGUUUUUAAGUUACAUUUGAUACAAGUAUAUGAUAAAUAUAAUUGGAUAGAUGCUGUUCAAAUCAUCUAGUCUAUCCUCUGAUCCUGUAAAUAUGAUACAUUUUAAAUGUUAAGUGAUGCUAUAUCACAAUCCAAACAACACCUUGUUGUUAACAAACCAUUUUGAAGUAGAAUCAGUGCAGAGGGUAGAGGAUGCUGGUGGCCCAGGAUUCUUCAAUUCAAAUUCCCAUUAGCCAACUCUGCAAACAUUCAAAUGUGAAGAUACAUUACUCAUGACAAUGUGUAAUUUGCAGAACUAAAAAAGAGAUUAAAGUUCUUUUGAGAUACUUUCCUGCUGCUGGAUCAGCUGAGAUGUGCGUGGCGAUUAAUUGUGAUUUUAUUGGAGAGGCCAAAGGAAGAUUAGUCAAAAUCAAUUGACAGUUUUUAUAAACGCCUUUUCUGGAAGUGCAUUUGGUGAACAUACCAUGCAAUAUGGAUAGUUGCUCUGCGAAAGUCCAGAUUUGGGUGAGUAACACAUUUGUUUUUAUGUUAUAGCGUUUGAAAACCAGGCUAAUUGGAAUUUGUGUUUAAACAUCCUGGGUGUCAGAGGAGAACCUGUCAUAUUCAUCCUCUCCUCUCUGCCUGGAUUUGAACUCAAGGCCAUUCCACCUGAGCCUGAAUGGAUUCAUUUUAGUAGGCUUCUCAGAUUGUUCUGGCAAUUCUCACAUGGAAAAUUCAGCUGGAAAUAGUCAAAAAGGCUUUUUAAAUGUUGUCUUUGUUACUGUCUGAUGAAAACAGAGAUUUUUCUGGAAAAUGUAAAAAUUAGCAUAUUUUCCUAUUAACUAACAAUUAAUUGAAACUUUUUAAAAUAAAUGUUCUU